AUGAAGGUCACUCUCUCUGUCGCAGCUUUGGCCGCCGUUGCCUCAGCAGCACCAAAACCGGGAAUGAGCAACUUGAAGAAGAUUCGACAGGCAGCUCCACAAAUCACCGACGCUGACAUUCUCAACUACGCUCUUACGCUGGAGCAUCUUGAGGACAAAUUCUAUCGUGAAGGUCUCGGAAACUAUACCGAGGGCGAAUUUGCCAGUUUUGGUUUUGACGCGACCUUCUAUGGAAACUUGAAGGAAAUCUCAUCGGAUGAGACUACGCAUGUCAAAUUCUUAACCGCAGCUCUCACGGCAGCUGGUGCCACGCCCGUUAAGGAAUGCACAUACGCCUUUGGUGUUACUGACCCGAAGAUGUUUGUCGCCACCUCCUCAAUCUUGGAGGGUGUCGGCGUCAGUGCAUACCUUGGUGCCGCCGCCGAGAUUGUCAGCGCAGAGUACCUUACAGCAGCUGGCUCAAUCUUGACCGUCGAGUCGCGUCACUCUUCAUACAUUCGAUCAUCGCUUGGAGAAAGCCCUUUCCCGUCGCCAUUUGACGUUCCUUUGAGCCUCAAUGAAGUUUACACACUCGCUGCACCUUUCAUUGUCUCCUGCCCAUCUGACAAUCCAACUUUGCCAGUCAAGGCUUUCCCCAAGGUCGUUUCUCCCCCAACAAACGAUCCCAUUACUCCUGGCAAGACCAUUACGCUUCUCACCCCAGACUCGAUCGUGAAACCUGCCGACGGCUCAUCCCAGAUUUACGCUGCUUUCAUCACCGUCACUGGUCCGGUCUUCGCACCAGCAACCGCGACAGACGGCGGUUUCACUGUGACCGUACCCACCGCUCCUGAGGGUGGUGCGCCGAUCGCCGGUCAGACCUACGCUGUCCUUACUGGCUGCAACACCACUGUCACGGAUGAGACAGUCGCGGCUGGACCUGCAGUCUUCGAGGUCGGCCCUGCCAAAUAG